AUAGCCACUCUCCUCUCCUGCAGCUAUAGCUAGAGAGCAAGAGAGAGAGGGGUAGAUCUAUCUGUACCGGGCGGGCGGCGCGAUGAUGCCCUACGGCACGGCGGCGGAGGCAGAGGCGGCGCUGGGGCGCUCCAUGACCUGGGCAGAGGCCCUGUGGUUCCGGUACUCGGCGGGGAUGCCGGACCUGUGGCUGACGUGGCACGUCUCCCUCGUCUACCUCGUCUUGUACGCGUUGGUUCCGCUGCCGGUCAUGGUUAUCCAGAAGCUCGCGCCGGGGUACGCCCUGCGGCACAAGCUGCAGCCCGGGGUGCCGGAGCCCUCGCCGGUUUCCACCUACGUCGAAUACAUAAGGGACAGCAGGGGCGUCACCCUGGCCGCCUUGGGCCCGUUCCCGCUCAUCUACUCCAUCGCAUUCAAGCUGUUCGGGGUCCGGACGGGACUCCCUUUGCCGUCGGUCUGGGAGACUGCGACGCACCUGGUGGUGUAUUCGCUGGUGGAGGACUACACGUCGUACUGGCUCCACCGCUUCCUGCACACCAGGUGGGGGUACGAGAAGAUCCACCGCGUCCACCACGAGAAGACGGCGCCGUCCGGGUUCGCCGCCGCCUACGCCACGGGCACUGAGCUCAGCUUGUACCUCACCACGCUCUUCCUUGGGCCGGCGAUCGUGCCCAGCCACGUCACCACGCACUGGCUCUUGUUCUCCAUCCGCAUAAUGGAGGCCUUCGACACACACAGCGGGUACCACUUCCCGUUCAGCCUCGCGAGGUUCAUCCCGUUCUACGGUGGCGCGGAAUUCCACGACUACCAUCACUACGCCGGAGAGAAGACCAGGAGCAAUUUCAGUUCCGUGUUCACGUACUGUGAUUAUAUAUAUGGGACAAACAAAGGCUACAUGUACCACAAGAGAAGCCUAGCCGAGCUGAAGACGAAGGAGGCCGAACACAGCGGGAAAGAAGACUGAGAUUACGUACUCGCUCUCAAUAUUUUAUGCACGAAUAAGUGGCAUAUACUGAAAGCGUCCAUCAUAUACAGUUGCUCGCUCCGUUCUGUUCCGUUGCCUAGAGAUUGAGAUGUCCAGCAAAUAAUAGUCCAUAUGUGUACUACACCACAGGGUUUGUCGUCCCCCAUGUGUACCCUCAGUCCUACAUCGAUUUGAUUAGUGGAGACCGGAGUGGAUUUGAACAGGUCGUCCUCAUGUGGACGUACACCUGAACGUA